UAUAUCACACCUUUGAUUUUAAAAUUCUAGCAGAAAAUAAGAUGUCGUCCGUUAAUUAUCAUGGAAGAUGGCAAGACUUUCAGUUCCCUCCCAUAGGAAUUAGGAUAUUCUCAUCCACAUAUAUAAUAUUUGGAGUUCUAUUUAUGUGUUAUUUUUAAAAAUAACGAUAUUGAAUUACUAUUCCACAAGUAUUGUCAUUACAUAGCAUUUAGGCAAAUUAAACAACCCUCUCUCUCUCUCUCUCUCUCUCUCUCUCCAGAUUGUUUUCCAAGCUUCUUUCUUCGUUGGUACGUACUCAUUAUUUCUUGACGUCUUUGGGCCCUCCCCAUCCCCACAUAAACAUUAUGAUUCGUCCAGGCCUCCUCUAGCCCUUCGGUCUUGGUAAUAUAUAUCACACUAGCUUGUAGUUAUAGUUUCUCUACAAAACAGCCUUUCAAUCUGGCCUGAGGCUAGCUAAGAUCGAUUUGAAUACCUCACUGCCAUGGGAGAAAAGGGUAUAACAAUAAUGGAGCUGAAGGUUGAUCUUCAGUGCCGUCGCUGCUACAAGAAGGUGAAGAAAGUUCUAUGUAAAUUCCCUCAAAUACAUGACCAGAUCUACGACGAGAAGAAUAACACUGUGAGAAUCAAAGUCGUUUGCUGCUGUCCUGAAGAGAUUAUGCAAAAGAUACGCUGCAAGGGUGGCAAUUGCAUUAUGUGCAUUAAGAUCGUACCACCGCCCCCGCCCCCGCCCCCGCUCCCGUCACAGCGCCCGCCUCCGCCACCUAAGCCUCCUUGCGAGGUUCCUGUGCUUGUACCGGUUUGCCCACUGGUUUACGCGAUUGGUGUGUGUUGUACGGAAUGUUCUGAGGGUGUUAGUGGGGGCCCGUGCUUUCAAGGCCAUGGCCAGCCACGCCCAUGUUCUGUGGGCUAUGGGCUGCCAGUGUGUGAUAGUUAUGGUGGCGGUUGGCAUAGGGGUUGCUAUGUGAGCCGCUGUGAUUACUUUUGUGAAGAAUAUUCACCGGGAUGCACAGUCAUGUAAAUUGAUCAUGUGCAUGCAUCAUCACGUCCUAGUUUCCUCUGUUAUGCGUUAUUGUCGAUGUUGAGUCAAGGUUCGUCUGUAUUUGUGUUUUCCUUACUCUCUUCCUAUGACUAGAAAAAGAUUUGAUAAGAUUGCUGGACUGAUAAAUGUCGGUCAACAGUCGUUAAUUUACUUGAGUACUACGUGAGUUUAAUGAUAUUUAAAUAACAUAAGUUUCUUAUUUCCUUUC